UUGCCAUGGAAUGGUCAUAUAUAUAAAGAUUGGCGCCGGUUGAUCAUUAUUCGUUUCUGAGGUGGAUCAUUUUCGGUGGAACUCUGAAGCCUUCAAUUGACAGAAUGGCUAACGUUAGACGCAGUGGUCGCAUCACAUUGAAAGCAAGAGAUGAGAACGCACCAGAAGAGAAUGUCAAGAUCAGACGAAAAAGAAAAUCUGAGCCAUCCAAAAAGAUGCCACCCGCAGCGAAGAAACAAAGCUAUGAAAUACAGAAACGGUGGUCAGAAGAAGGGGCAAGUCCAUGUGUCCUCGUAGAAACGCCACACAAGGAGCUGGAGAUGACAAGGGACCGGUCUGGCUUCAAGCAGUUCCGAUUCAAGAACAUCUUCAUCAAGACCUCACCGCUGCCCUGCCUCAGCUGGGCCAGCUCAGAUGACGUGUGGAUUAAGAUGCUGAACAAGGAGCUGAAGUAUGUCCAUGACAAGGGCUUCCUACAGCAGCACCCCAAACUAAAGCCCAAGAUGAGGGCCAUUCUCCUGGACUGGCUUCUAGAGGUGAGUGAGGUGUACACUCUGCAUCGACAGACUGCUUAUCUGGCUCAGGACUUCUUUGACCGCUUCAUGCUGACACAGGACGAUAUGGAGAAGGACCGACUGCAGCUCAUAGGCAUCACAGCCCUCUUCAUCGCGUCUAAGAUGGAGGAAAUCUACCCUCCAAAGCUCCAUGAGUUUGCCUACGUUACUGACGGAGCCUGUGAGGAAGAAGCGAUCCUGGAGAUGGAACUUGUCAUGUUGAAGGCGCUGAACUGGAACCUGUGUCCAGAGACGGUGAUCACGUGGCUGAAGCUCUAUGCUCAGGUGGAGUCCCUAAAGGAUGGCGUCAACUUCCUGGUACCUCAGUUCUCUCAGGACACCUACAUCCAGAUCACACAGCUUUUAGACUUGGCCAUACUGGACAUCAACUCUCUGGACUACCAGUAUGGGAUACUGGCUGCUGCUGCCUUCUGCCAUUUUUUCUCAUUUGACGUCGUCCACAAAGUAUCAGGUCUGACGUGGGAUAAUAUUGCUCCCUGUGUCCGGUGGAUGACCCCCUUCAUGCGCACGGUCAGCGCCUGUCCCAGAGCAGAGCUCAAAGACUUUAAGAAGGUGAUGUCUGACGACAGACACAACAUCCAGACCCACGUAGACUACCUGGCCAUGCUGGUGAGUCCUCACACAACAUCCAGACCCACGUAGACUACCUGGCCAUGCUGAGCAACGCUCACCAGAGGCAACCGGACAGCCAAGACAGUCUCUCGCCUGCUGCCAUAGGAGGGAUAUUAACUCCACCAAAAAGCACAGAGAAACCAGCCAAUCACUGAGCCCCAGGGUCUCCUCACGUUGAUCUUCUGACCAACCAGAUGAAGGGACAAUUCCCUAGACGUCACGCCUGACCAGCCAGAGGCCGGGAAACGUCACUUCGGAACCUCAUCCUCACGUGACCAAUCAAAUUUGCUUUUGGUAAUAACUCACCUUUGUGUAGCAUGUUAAGAUGAGUUAUUUUACUUUCUAUACCAAGCUGGAUAUCAGAGUGUAUAUGCAGUACAACCAUGGAAAUCAGCUCAUGGUUACUAUAGUGACUUAUUUUGUCAAAUGAUUGCAACAAAAACCUUGUUCUCACAAUCUUAAUCCCCAGAAUUUGAAUUUUACAUGGAUCAUUUGAGUUGACUCAAGUCAAAUCUUCCUCCAUAGGAAAGCAUGUCUGCUGCUCCCCCUGUUACUUGAAGCUGAACAUUUCAAGACAUGGGAUGUUUUGAUAGCUAAAAAGCUAAUAUUUUAUUUGAGGUAAAUUGGUACAUAAUACUCACAGUUGAGUUGCUCAACUCGGUCUCUUAACAUUGUGUUAUCAUAUGUAUUUAGUGCUGUAUAGUAUAAAUCUGGGUACUCCUGGAAAAGCUCAGCCAUACAAUAACACUGAAAGAAGUAUUGGUGUUUGCUAUGGUUACAUUUGAACAUUUGAGCUGUUUGAAAGGGUAGUGCAGGGUUAACUAUUUGCAAUACCAACUUAAGCACCAUUCUUGACCGUAUGUAUUCUCUCCACUGUGAAGGACUCAUUUCCAUGUGCAUGGUGCAUUCUCCUGCCACAACACCUUCCUGGACAACUUGACUUCAGUAGUUUGAUGUAGACCUUUUGGAUCAAUUUACAACUGUAAUUUUAACAUUGUAUUUAUUUGUUCAUUUAAGCCUUACAAUGUUUUUAUGUCCAUAUAUACAUUCUUCAUAGGGCUAUGAAUUCAGUUCUUUAACAAUGCCAAAGGCAACCUAUUUAAGUCACGGGAUGCAUGUUAUUUAUGAUUUUGACAUCUGUUAUUGGCGGGGGACCCGGUAUAAUGCAGUUACGUAUGAAAUGUUAUGUUGCGUAGUUUUGCGCUAGCCUGUCCGUGGUGCCGUAGUUGAACUAGUAUGGUGAUGUAAAGACUUGAGAACCCAGAUGCUCCAGUGCAGGGCUCUAACCCAGUCUGUCCAGCAAACCUGACUGUCAACUGAAACCUUCAGUGUUGUGCAGACGUCUGCUGAGGCAGCAGUAUACAAAGAACCAUGUUUAAACUGUAAAUACUAAUGUGUAUAUGUUAUGUACAUAAACUGAACGUUCUGCUUUCUAAUGGAAAUUUGAAAUGUAUUGAAUAAAUGAAAUAGAAAUGAA